UGACAGAACCGGAAGCGGCUCCGACUGAAAAAAAACAAGCAGCAGAUUUUCCUUCAUGCAGGAAGAAAAACAACAUUUAGUUAAUUUGGUGACAAAAUAAUAAAACUACCAGUUUAGCAAGUCAAUGACAUCAGAUUAUAAUCAUCUCUGAACUCUGGGAUUACUAGUGGCCACUUUUACGCACGAGCCCGACAGGAGUCGCAGGUAGCCCCGGUCCAGAUCCGGCGCUCCUCCUGCAGUGGGAGGGGUGAGCCAGACCCAGCUCUAGCUCCGCGGCGCGGCGGGUCCCCUAAUCAGAACCACACGGAGCCAGAGGAGACCCGGAGCGCGCAGGAACCACAGACAGACCAUCAGGGAGGAGCAGCAGGGAGCGCGUUUCUCCUCCUCAGAGAGGAGAACCAGAAAUAAAAAAACGAAAACAAGAAGAGAAGAGGCGGAAGAGAAGAGAGACAGAGGCUGAGACGAGGACGCACAGCGACGCGCACUCUUCAGGUCUUCAGUGAGCGCCGGAUCAGAAGCAGGAGGUUCGAGGCCCGGACCGGAGCACCGGAGAAGAUGCCGCGGGUCGUCCCGGACCAGAGGAACAAGUUCGAGAACGAGGAGUUUUUCCGCAAGUUGAGCAGAGAGUGUGAGAUUAAGUACACUGGCUUCAGAGACCGGCCCCACGAGGAGAGACAAGCCCGCUUCCAGAACGCCUGCAGGGAUGGACGCUCAGAAGUGGCCUUCGUAGCGACGGGAACCAACCUAUCACUCCAGUUUUUCCCAGCGAAUCUCCACGGAGACCAGAGGCAGGUUCCCACCAGGGAUUAUGUUGACUUUGAGCGAGAGACAGGGAAGGUGUAUUUGAAGGCUCCCAUGAUUCUGAAUGGAGUGUGUGUGGUCUGGAGAGGCUGGAUCGACCUGCAGAGGCUGGAUGGGAUGGGAUACCUGGAGUACGAUGAUGAGCGGGCACAGCAUGAGGAUGCUUUGGCCCAGGCAGCGUUUGAAGAGGCCCGGCGCAGAACCAGAGACUUUGAGGACAGAGACCGAUCACACAGAGAGGAUUUAGAGGACCCUGUGGUUUCUAAAAUCUGGGACUGAUGACACACAGCCAGCCAGCAGAAAGAACAGGUCCAGACGACAGCAGGACCCCAGCCCUGGCUCAAACAUGGCCAACGCUGACGUGGAACACAAGAUGCGCUGACGGAGGAGGAAGACGAGGCUAGCCGUCUGCACUCGUUCAACACAAUCGGCUCAAAGGAAACUUCAGCGGUUCAUUUAUAAAAGUUUGACCAAGUUAUUUCUACAUGCCAAAUAUUUUUUUACAAUUUGAAUGUAAGAAAAAAAAACUUUAAGAACUAAAUUAAAGUAAAAAGAAGGUUUUGAAAAAAAUAAAUAAAAACAAAGAACUGAGGAAAAUGUACGUGAAUAUAUUUAAAUGUGGGAGAAACCCAGUGGAAGAACAUUAGUCAGAUGUAUUGAUUCAUGUUUAUUCAUUUAGGUUUGAAAGAAACCGACCCAAAAAAAAGGUUCUGGUUCAAAACUACUGUAGACUGAUACGAAGGAGGAGGAGCAGAGGAAAGGGAUUCUAGUGGCUCGGGGUCGCAGCCGGUUCACCUGCGGAGUGACGUGUGGAUGGUUGUGUCACAGUGCCUCACGUCUGCUCACACGGCUGUGUGAACGUCCACCACGCCGAGCUAACGUCCUAAAACCUGCUGUUUUUCUGAGACCACAGUUCCCUUUGCAUAGGAUGCAUUUAAAAAAGAUGAGAGGAGAGAAAAUCAUAUACACUUAUGCCAAUACGUAGAAAUCUCGCUGUGCUUUAUUUUAUUUGUCUCAAGGCAUAACCGGCGAUGUAGCUUCGAUGAAUCCAGAUUUUAGCUCCGGGUUCAUCUGAGCAAACGCUUUAACCAGGAGGUCCAAAUCUUCUUUCUCUUCUGAGGGACUUUUGCACUGUGAUGCAGCCAGUUUUGUUCUCCGCAAAAGUAGGGGUGUAAUGGUAAAGCGAGGUUUGGUACGUACUUCAGUAUGAGGGUCACACAUCGGUACAUACAUUUAAAUGUUAAUAAAAACCCAAUCAUACAAACAAGUGAAACUGGAAAAAUUAGAAUCUGGUGCAAAGUCCAUUUAUUUAAGUAAUUCAACUAGACUGAGAGACAAUAUAAAGGCUCAGGAAGCCUUUGCAGGUGUUCUCUUUUUGCAGUUAUGCAUUUUAGUUGAUUUGGGUCUUGUUUCACAUCACAAAGUGACAUUUGAAUAAUUAAAAUGUGUUUUUUUAUAAAUGUAAAAGCUUUAGUUAACAGUAAUAAUUUCUAUGUCUGUUUGAUUCUCUGCCUUGUUUUUAAUUUUAAAAAUGACUUUGAGGGCACAUUUCCCCGAGCGAUUAAAAUGUGAUUAAUAAAGAUGAAUUAAUUACAAAGCCUCUAAUUAAUUAGAUACAUUUUUACUCAAGCCCCACCCCUAGUAAAAACUAAAAAAAAGAGAUCAUGUACAUCAAGGCACAGUCAGCUGUUAACUUCACUAUGAAUAAAAAAUAGCUUUAAUCUGUCUGUUUUUAUCUAGUCCUGUUGGGCAAGGGUCAAACAGGAAUUUUGAUCAAUAACAGAACUCGUGACACGUAACUAUUUGCAGCAUGUUGCUCCUCACUUCUGCUACAAAUCGACCUGAAAACAUGUCCACAUGCUGUCAGAUCUUUAAUCUUCUGCGUGGUGUUCUGCAGCCCGAUAAAAUGUGUGUCCGAUUCUCAGUAGGAGCGCUGACCAACUCUGACUUACUCUCAUGUAGCCUGUGCCAAACAUUUGCACCAAACCGUGAGGGGAUGAACACCUCUAGUCUUCACAUAUGUGAUCUCUAACCCUACAUUCAUAGUAGCGCCUACGCAUCUUGUUUUAUACCCGACCGUUCAGGAAAAUCUGGGUGACUCAAACGGCAUCAUCAAGCUGCUUGUUGCUAAAAACAGGUGGAACAUUUCUGUUUUAGUGUUUUUUUUUCUCAUGGUAAUUCAAGGUUACAUUAAUGUUAAAACAAUAAAAGGAUGUCGAGAAGCCCGGACAAGCCCCCAUUAAUGUUCAGCUAGUGAUGCAUGGGGCUCAUAAUGAUGAUUAUUCAAAUCUGUAAAUUAAUUCAUUUAACUCUAAAACACCAUAGCAGCCACCCAAAGAGACACAGACCUGAUUAAAACGGGGUCAGAGUAAAUCCUGGUCUCACAGGUCCGGGAACCGCGAUCAGUCAUCCAGAUCGUCCUCAUUACCACCAGGCUGCUCUUCCCUGACCUGUUUCAGCACCAGUGAUGUGAAACCAGAGGUUUUACGCAGUUUGUGUCUUGAUGUUUACGUUUUAUAUUUUUACAUUUUCUAUAUCUUUAUGUUCAGCUUUAUCUCUGUUACGAAGCUUCUGGGGUUUUAGUGUAAAUUUGGGUGAACAUUUCAAACCUUCGGCAGAAUUCUGAGAUGUUUGAGAAAUUCUGUUGCUUUGACUUUUUGACUCUCAUCAAUGUUGUUGUUUUCGUUUUUGUUGUGAGGAAAAGUAAUUUUGUUCUAAACCCACUUGUUUGUGGAUGAACUCGGUUAAUGUUACAAGCUCUUAGAGGUUUAGUUUAGUGUUCUGGACCCUUUUAUUACGACUAAAAUCUCUUUCAUGUUGCUGUUCCUCCACGUCUGACUUCUUAAUGAUUUUACUCAUUUUUAUAAAUGGAUAACAAACAAGGAUCUACAUGCAUUCAUGGUAGUUUAAGAGAAGUUUUGGGGAAAAUAAAAUUAAGAAUUCAGAAUUUCAAAGAGUUGAAUGCGAAAUGAAUCUGGAGCAUUUCCUUUCUUGAUCAGUUUAUUCUGAAUUUGCAGCCAUGAUGUCAUCUCAGGGUUCUAAAGAUAAACCAUGUUUAUUCUGACAUGUUAAUUUUCAGCAGCUUAACUUUAAACCAGAUCAUUAGUUUUCUCUCUGGUAAUCUGGUGUAUUUCAGCCCAUAAACAUCUGGAGAACUGCAGAUUAAAGCGGGUUUUAAUGUUUUUGAGUAAUUAGGAGGUGUGAAUGACCUGCUCACCUGAAGAGUGACUUCCUGUUAACAAAGUUCACUUCAGCCGAGCUGAGGGAACCGAGCGAAGGCUCAGGAACCGACUCACCACGUUGUCCUGUUCAGAUUAAAGAUUAAAUGUGUUUAAAACAAAGAACGUUUUCAUUUUGCAGCAUACAGAAGUAAAACUGGAUAAUUUUCUAUUGGAGCAAAUGUGCAGAUUUUCAUAUCCUGCCUGCUGUGAACCACCUCAGCUUAGAGAAAGUGGGAUUAGCAAAGACCUGAGAUCAGUUAAGAAAGCUUGACUCAUAGUUUACUCUGGUUUAUUUAACCAGUAGUUUAUAGAUAGAUUUCUUGUGUUUACAGCAGUUGCCGUCGUGUCAGAAUUUUAACAGUUGUGUAGCAGAAUCAGCUUUUAACUGUUGAACCCAGUGUUUCUCCAUUCCAGUGCUCAGGACCCCUGCGCUGCAUGUUUUCCGUGCUGCCUUUUCAAACGCCCGUUUGCCUGCUGCCACACAGUGAUUCACCAGCAUCUGCAGCAGAUUAUGUCCUCACGAGGAGGCAAUGUAAAUCAGGUCAUGGACAACAUGCAGGUCAGUGUGUCCAGAAGACCAGGGUUGGGAGACACUGCGUCAGAGAUCACCUGUCAGCUUGUGUGUCUGAUGAAAACAGAUCUCUGGUUCUCUUAACUAAGGCCCCUCAUUGAGCUGUAGUUCUGAAGUGAGCAGAUGUAAACAGACUCAAGCCAGCUUUUACUUCUUCUAAUCCUAAUCAAAUGUUCUGCUUGAACUGUUGAUCUCCUGUUUAAAACUCUGACGUGUAGCUCCUCUUCUCUUGUUUCUUCGUCUGCUUCAACCAGAGGAGGCUGGUCUGAGUUUUGUUUCAGAUUGUUGGAUGGAUAAUAAACAUGUAUCAAGUC